AUGCUCGUCUCACUCACCGUCGGCAAGGUUGACGCCGGUGUCACAGUCCUCUUGACGCCGGACAAAAGACUGAUCGAAUUCCCCUCCAUUCUUUUGCCUCCAAACAUCUCCUCCGGCAGCAUCGUCGACAUCGCAGUGUCCCAAAACACCGAAAAAGAAUCAAUCGAAGAGCAAAAGUUCCGCGCUCUGCAAGAUCGCAUAUAUCAGUCCUUUGGCGCCUCCGAGCCGGCCACCCCUAUCCUUCGCUGUCGCAAUGCUACACAAACCUCCGUCGUUCUCGAAUGGGACCCAAUUGAGUUGGCCACGGCUGAUUUGAUAUCCCUCAGCCUGUAUCGUAACGGUCAAAAGGCUGGAAAUAUCCCCCGACCGCUGCAGAUGCACAGCACCAAGAUCAGUGGCUUGGCUGUUGAUACCGAGUAUACCUUCCAUCUGGUGCUGAGGACGACCGCUGGCACGCGGAUGAGCGAAAAGGUGACUGUGCGCACGCACAAAAUGACCGACUUGAGCGGCAUCACCAUCACCACAGGAAUCUUGCCUGGUGCCAUCAAGGAGAAUUUGAACAAGGCAGUGGAGCGAAUCGGUGCCAAGAUUGUGGACGGAGUGCGCAUUGACACUACGCAUUUCGUGACUACCGAGGGAAGAGGUACGUCCUGGGAAAAGGCUGUUGAGAGCAACAUCCCAGUGGUACGGCCGGAAUGGGUGGACGCAUGUGAGAAAAAUGGCCGUAUUCUUGGUGUCACCAAGUUCUACCUAGAUGCAAUGAGACCAGGACCGCCCAGCGAGGACACCAUCUCGCCCCCACCUGUUCCUAUCAAGGAUGUACCUCCAGCACCCGCUGCGGAUACCACAAAACCCCAAGAGGAACCCAAGAAUGGAGAUGCCGAGGGCGACAAACCGAAAACUGAGGCCGAAGAGGACCAAGACAAAGCAGCAGACGACGAGCCCGAGCAAAAAGCCAAGACACCAUCGCACCCUGAUGAGCAAAAGAUGAGACUGGAGGACAAGGAAGAGCAAAAGGUCGCACUUCGUCCAAGCACAUCCAAUCACGAAGGAGAAGCAGCAGAGAAAGAAGAGAAGGCAGAGGGUGACAGCAAGGAAGACAGCGCAGACGAGAAACCAUCUGGCACUCCUGACGGUGCGUCAUUCCAAGAAGUAGAGUUGUAG